AUGAUAAAAUUAGUUAUAUUAUUAUAUAUAUUUUUAAUAUUCAUAAGUUGUUUAAAGUGCGAGGUAUAUAAAAAAAUUUCAAUAAUUCUGAAAGAAAAGGCCACUUUAAAUAGUUCUAUCAUAAGUAUUGUUGGAAUAUUUCUCAGUAUUCUUGUAUCUGUUCUAGAAUCUAUUGGAAAUACAAUUAUUAAGAAAAGCCAUUUGAUAUACGCACAAUAUGAAAGGUUGUUAGAAGGAUGUAAUAUUCUUUCAACCAAUGAAGAAAAUGAGAACAAUGAAUUUGAAUUUAACAAGAAUUUGAAAGAUAAAAGUGAUGUUAUUAAUUUUAAGGGUAAUAAAAUAUAUGGUAGUGAUACAAGUUAUUGUAGUAAUUAUUUUGGUUCUUAUAAUUAUGAUGACAAUGAUAAUGAUAUUAUAUGUAAACAUUAUAUUAAUAAAAAUAAAAUUAAUGAAGAACAAACAAAAGCUAUAAAUACUUCAAGGAGAUAUAAAAGAAAUAUGAAAGGAAAAAAAUAUUCCUUUUUCAAUAUAUCAAUAAAAAGUUUUCAAAAUUGCAAAAAUAAUUUUCGAAAGAAAAAAGAUAAAAAAAAUAAGGAAAGGAAGAAUAAAAAUAAAAUAUAUUCUUCUAAGACAUUAUAUAAUGAUAAUAUCAAUAUAAGAUUAAAAGAAUAUGAACAUGAUAUUAAUCAUAAACAAGAGGAAUAUUUGUUUAAAAAACAUCAGAUGAAUAAAAAUCAAGUAAUAGAAAGAAAAUUUAGUAAAAAUAAAAAAAGAACAUUAAAGGAUAACCAUAUAAUAGAUUCUAUAUACUAUAACUAUUCAAAGGAAUAUAAUAUAUCUAAUAAUAACACAAAUGAACAAGUAGUAAACAUUAUUGAAACUUUUACAUCUAAGGAAGAUGUAGAAAAUACGAAUAACAAUUUUCAAAAUUAUAAAAUAGAUAACAAAAAAAAUAACAUUAUAAAUAAUAAAGAAAAGCAUAUUUUAAAUUUAUAUUAUAGUGAUGAUAAUAUUAAUGAAACAAAAAAGAAAAAAAAAAAAAAAAAAAAUUCAUAUAAUAGUAAUUAUAAUACUAGAGAAAUAAACAAAAAUAUCAAAAGAAAAGGAAGAUUUUUACAAUCUAUUAAAAAUUAUGAUUAUAUUCCUUUUAAAAAAUUCAAAUUGUUUAAUUUCUUUUAUAGAAGAGGAAAGACAAAAAAUAAAACGCAUAACUGCUUUUCUAACACAUAUAUUAAUAAUAAAUGGAAAAAGUACAAUAUAAAAAAAAAAAUAACAAAACAAAAUCGAACCAAGAACAAAAUAAUAUAUUCAUUUGAUAAUUAUUAUAUGGAUAAUUUGUAUAGACACAACACGUCAAUCAAAAAAUUGCAAUCCUUAUCAUAUGAUCAUAUUGAUAUGGACGAAACUCAUAUAUCAGAAGAAAUUAAUAUUUAUAGUAUUGAACUAAUGCCUAUAAAAUCAGUACACAAUAUGAAUAAUAGUUCAUUUAUAAAAAGGAAUGAAAAGGAAAAAAAUAUUAAGUAUUCAUUAAAUUGUUGUAAUAAAAAAAAAAAAAUGUUUUGUUUAUUAAAUAUGAAAACAGGAAAAAAAAAAUCAAAAAAUAAGUGCAAUAAGAUAUAUAUGUUAAAUAAAAAGCAAAGGAAAAUAAACAAGGAAAAAUUUAAUCAGCGUAUUAUAGAUAAACAUAAAUGUAAUGAUAAUAAGAAAUAUUAUUCAUCCUUACCAUCAUAUUCUAUAGUAAAUAAAACAAAGAGUGAAUUGUUCCCCUACAAAAAUGAUGAAAAAUAUUAUAGUAAUACCUACGUUGAAAUACAAAAUGUAUAUAGUGAAAAGAAAAAGAAUGAACAUCAUAAUAAUACUAUGGGUAACAAUAAUAAUAAUAAUACUGAUCAAAGUGAUAUACAAAAUGUCAAAAAAAAAAGUUAUUAUUAUUUUUAUUUUGGAAUAAUUUUAACAAGUGCUGUGGCACCAGCUUUCAAUAUAUUUAGUAAUUUACUGCUACCUGCAUCUAUGGUUGGAUUUGUAAGUAUUAGAAUUAUUUGUUCCUUUUUGUUAGAACGAUUCGUAUUAAAAGAAAAGCAAUCUUUAUAUUUGUUAGUAGGUAUACCAUUUUCUACUAUAGGAUUAAUACUUAUAACGAUAUUUUCUUCUAAUAGUAAUGAUCCAAAGGAUAUAGAUUAUAUUUUUAAUUUAUUUCUUAAAAUAGGAUCUAUACUACUUUUAACUAGUGAAUUAAUAUUUUCUCACGUAACAGUAUUAUUUUCUGUUCUAUAUUUACAAAAAAAAAGAAAAAAUAAUUUCCUCUUUUUUUUUGCACCACUUUCAUCUGGUAUUAUGGGUUCAUUAAUAACAAUUUUUUCAAAGGCUACAUUAAUGGGAUUAAUGUCCAUAAUUUUAAAUACUCAAUACAAAUUUUAUCAUAUAUUUAUCAAUUAUAAAUUAUUCAUUCUUACCAUGAUAACCUUAUUUACAACUAUAACUGAAAUAUUUUAUACACCCUACCUAUUGAAGCAUUAUAAUUUGACACACAUUGUUUCGCUAAAAAGUUUUGGAAAUAUAAGCUUUAAUGCCAUAAAUGGGAUGUUCAUAUUUAACGAAAGACCAUCAUGCAACUAUUUAUGGAGCUGCGGAUUCAUUCUCGUUCUUAUAGGAAUAUUAUUUCUAUCAUAUGAAAAUAUUAUACCGUACAUAUUAAAUUAUAUAAAACCAUAUUUUCGGAGACCAAUUUAA